CGUGAGGAAAUAGAAAACGUUUUCAUCAGGCUGAGUUACGGCGGCAACCCCUUCGGGUGGGGGCCUUUGGGUCUUUGCGUCCGAAGCGGGAUCGGACGGAAGAAGAGUGUGAGCAAGAUGAACCUGGAGCUGCUCGAAUCCUUUGGGCAGAACUAUCCAGAGGAAGCUGAUGGCACAUUGGACUGUAUUAGUAUGGCUCUUACAUGUACUUUUAACAGAUGGGGCACUCUUCUAGCAGUGGGCUGUAAUGAUGGCCGAAUUGUCAUUUGGGAUUUCUUGACAAGGGGCAUUGCAAAAAUAAUAAGUGCCCAUAUUCACCCAGUUUGUUCAUUAUGUUGGAGUCGUGAUGGUCAUAAGUUAGUGAGUGCAUCAACUGAUAAUAUGGUGUCUCAGUGGGAUGUUUUGACUGGUGAUUGUGAUCAGAGGUUUCGUUUUCCUUCUCCUAUUUUGAAAGUCCAGUAUCAUCCCCGUGAUCAAAACAAAGUAUUAGUAUGUCCAAUGAAAUCUGCCCCAGUAAUGCUAACAUUGUCUGAUUCGAGGCAUGUUGUCCUACCAGUAGAUGAUGAUUCUGAUCUCAAUGUGGUAGCUUCUUUUGAUCGACGAGGGGAAUAUAUCUACACAGGGAAUGCUAAAGGGAAGAUCUUAGUGUUAAAGACAGACACUCAGGACCUUGUUGCUUCCUUCAGAGUGACAACAGGAACCAGCAACACUACUGCAAUUAAAUCUAUAGAAUUUGCUCGAAAAGGAAGUUGCUUUCUCAUAAAUACUGCUGAUCGCAUAAUCCGAGUUUAUGAUGGCCGGGAAAUCUUGACCUGUGGUAGAGAUGGGGAACCAGAACCAAUGCAAAAACUGCAAGAUUUGGUGAACAGGACGCCUUGGAAAAAAUGCUGUUUCUCUGGUGACGGGGAAUAUAUUGUUGCAGGGUCAGCCCGUCAGCAUGCUCUGUACAUUUGGGAGAAAAGUAUUGGCAACCUUGUGAAAAUCCUGCAUGGCACUAGGGGAGAGCUGUUGCUGGAUGUGGCAUGGCAUCCUGUCCGACCAAUCAUUGCUUCUAUUUCCAGUGGAGUGGUAUCUAUAUGGGCACAGAAUCAAGUGGAAAACUGGAGUGCCUUUGCACCUGAUUUUAAAGAGCUGGAUGAAAAUGUAGAAUAUGAAGAACGGGAGUCUGAAUUUGACAUUGAAGAUGAAGAUAAAAGUGAGCCAGAACAAACAGGUGCUGAUGCUGCAGAAGAUGAGGAAGUGGAUGUAACUAGUGUAGACCCUAUUGCAGCUUUUUGUAGCAGUGAUGAAGAACUGGAAGACUCUAAAGCUUUACUCUACUUGCCUAUUGCUCCUGAGGUGGAAGACCCAGAGGAAAAUCCAUAUGGGCCUCCACCAGAUGCAGUUCAGACUGCUUUACCUGAUGAAGGAAUAGGCUCUGAGAAGAAGCGGCCAUCUUUGUCUGAUGGACCUCAGCCUCCAAAGAAGAAACCUAAAACAACCAACAUAGAACUGCAGGGAGUACCUAAUGAUGAAGUCCAUCCACUGCUGGGUGUAAAAGGAGAUGGUAAAUCCAAGAAGAAGCAAGCAGGGAGACCUAAAGGAUCAAAAGGUAAAGAGAAAGAUUCUCCAUUUAAACCGAAACUCUACAAAGGGGACAGAGGUUCUUUACCUCUGGAAGGAGCAGCGAAAGGUAAAGUGCAGGCGGAGCUGGGACAGCCUUUGCCAGAUCCAGCCCACUGCAGUCAUGCUGCUGAAAUUCUGAAGGAAAAAGAAUACAGUACUGCAAUCAAUACUAGAACUGUUGGUCUUUUUAACAAUUUUAUAAAAGCUCCAUAUUCUCAAGAAAAAAUAAGUUAAAAUGAUUUCCCUGUACCAUAAUAACAUGUAUUGCUUCACUGCCAUAUUAUUUGCAGCUACUGAAGGACAAAAAUGCUGUUGAAAUUGCCAUUCCUGAGUGAUAGAAGCACUAGGAUUGGGAAAACAUGUUGGAAACUGACAAAAUCCUCUUUGAUAUUGUAGAGAAGUAAGAUGGGAAAGGGAAAAUAGUAAAACAAGAUCCUAGAAAGGUCAAUUUUGGGCUUAGACCAGGGGUGUCAAACUACCAGCCCGCGGGCCGGUUGCAUCAUACGAAGGCCGCGCCCACCCCAGCUCUGGCAAUGCAAAAAAAGUCACACUACAUCUCGACACAUCACGUGACGCAGCGAAUUUGACACCCAUGGCUUUUAGACUAUUCCAGGCAUUCAAUUCCUUGAAUGUCAUGCUCCAAAGUACCUUGGAGAAUCACAAUGAAUAUUCAGUUUCUGCCUUGAUAAUUAUGUAAUCUGUGAUUCUUUUAAUAUAUAUUUUAGGUACACAUCAGAUAAGUUUUGAUUAUUCAUAUUACCUUUCUGUAACUGGGAGCACUAUUCAGACAAGGAUGCAUUAUGUAGUUUUAUUAUAGAAUGGUUCUUUAUGACAUCACAAUUUUAAAACUGACUCCAUGCUGCAAUGGCAAAAGCUGUUGAAUGAGCAUCAUGAGCCAGACAAAGUCAUUUCCUUUUUUAGUAGUUUAUGCUUACCAUGGAGAAUGACAGCCCAAUUUACAUGUUUCUAAUACCCUUAAUAUAGAGUAUGUCUUUUUCAACACAAAUAUUUACAAUAUUUUUAUGAUUCCAAAAAGUUUGGUUUAAAUUUGAAUAUAUAAUGUGGAUGUCAGCUUUAUGUAAGUAUUGCUUCUGCUCUCCCCCUUGUCUGCAUCCAAUAUUUUCUACAUUAGGGGAUUUUGGAAUAAAGUUGUUUUUGUGGUAAGGAUGGCAUAUCUUCAUGAAAGAAUUGGGUUACUGAUGCUAAGACCAGUAUUAAUAUUAAAGCUGAGACACUGGUAUGGAGCUGUAUUUUCAUGGCAGAUCUUUUUUUUAACCAUGACUGAAAACAUUGUGUUAAUGGUCCAUUUAUAAACUGAGACUGAAAUAGUGUACUUGCUGAUAAAGAUGGUUAUAACUGAUUUUCCUGGUUUGGCUGCUUCAGGUAUCACAUGAUCAAUUAAGGAACAAUAUGUACAUUUAAAAAUAUGAAAAAUAGCAAUUUUUAUGUGGAAGUUUACUACAUUCCUCUUAUAUUUUACUAAGAGAAUAAUUUUAUUUAUUUAUAUAAAACUUUCCAUUUUAAGCAUUUUUUAAAAGUUAAAUUGAUUUUUAAUAUACAAUAGCAGAUGUACUGUAUCUGUAUCACUUGCAGACUGGCUUUUAUGAAUGUCCACCUUUUACCAGGUUAAUCUGCUUUCUUUUGGCAAUAUGUCAAAGAGUGGUCUUUGAUUCUUGUGGAUUCCUCAUGUCCAGGAACUUCAUUGAUAUUUUAAAUGAAUGACACUUAGGUCAUUUGAUCAGACAACUGAGUGGAUCCUAAAAGGACUCUUCAGGUAUGAUGAUGCCUAUUUUAUUGUUAAAUUGUUAGUAUUUGCUUUCUGACUACCUGUUUCCAUGGCUUCUAUUGGAACAAUUACCAUUCCUGUCAAAAUGAGAACUGCUACUGCUAGAGUUUCCAUCAGUUCCACCAGCUGCAGUGUGACCUGUGGCAUGGGUUACAAAGUUGAAGAAACAUGUCAGAUUGGGCCUAAUGGUGAAAGAAGAUACUGUGAUAUUCAAAAAGUGGAGUGCUUGACCAACUGGCUCUGUGGGAUGCUCCAUUUCACUAUUCUUGUUGGUAAGCCUUUUGAAUUCCAGUGCUUGUCUCCUACAGAAAUUGGCCCAGAAAUCAGCAGCUUCAGUUAUUCAUGGAGGAUAGCCAGAGGCAUCAUUACCACUGAUGAUGCUCUCUUUAAACCAUUCAAGACUACUGGCUUUGUCAUUAAGCUUUCCCCAGCCAAGGAAUAUGAUGCAGGGACAUACCGGUGUGAUGUGCAGUUCAUGAGAACCUAUAAGAUUGUCAAAAGAAUUUACUUUGGAAUUCGUGUGAUCCCUGGUCACUUGGUGGAUCUGAACUUUGACCAAUCCUUGACUCUGGAACAGCACUUGGCAAGUGAGAAGGAAAAAACCCAGCAGAAUGCCACCAGUGUUCCUGUCCAGAAGCAGCAGCACUUUUGGCGCCAAAGAACUCUUUUUGUAUUUUUAAUAGGCAUUGGAAGCGGUGUGGUAGGAGGAAUCUUGUUGCACAUUUUCUACUAUUUAGUGAAGGUUCCCAAUAAUUAUGGCUAUGUGGAGAAAUAAAAUGUUCUUGUCUUGCUGUAUGCUGAUUGAUGUAUUUAAUCAUUUUGCUGUAUUGUUUAUGGUUAUUAAGAUUAUGUUGUGAAAUCA